UUCCGGCACGGCCCGGAAGACCGUUAAUUGCGGCGGAGGCGCCGUCCCAUCGCGGGCUCCUUCGCGGCUCGCGGGCGCGGCGAGGUGCAGGUCCCCGAGGAGCGCAGCGGGCCCGGGCCACGAUGGAUUUCCCUAGCUCUCUCCACCCCACACUGUUUAUGACUGGUCCCCUUGGUCUGAGUAAUGUCCCUGACAUGUCCUUCAUGUGUAGCUGGAGAGACGCACUGACCCUGCCCGAGAACUCUCAGAACGGGGUGCCGCGCUUGGCCACGGGCCUACUCUGGGAGCCAGAGACCCCGGGGCCUCUUCCUUUGCUGCCUCCUGGUCCUGAUCCCUGGGACCCUGGGGUGACUGCCCAGGACCUGCUUUUCCGGGGAGGCUUCUCAUUCCGAAGGAAGCCCCAGGCAGUGCUGGAUGUUACCGAACAGCUCAGUCGGUUCCUGUGGGACCAUGGGGACAUAGCCUUUGCACCCCUGGGGAAGCUGAUGCUGGAGAAUUUCAAACUGGAGGGAGCAGGGAGUCGUUCUAAGAAGAAGACAGUGGUCAGUGUGAAGAGGCUACUCCAGGACCUCGGUGGACACCAGCCCUGGGGCUGUCCCUGGGCUUUCCUCAGCUUCCGACAGCGCCGAUUCUCCAUCCUUGGGGGCCCUGUCCUGGGCAAGUCAGUGGCCAGCCUUCUGGGAGAGCUGCUGCAUGAGGAGCUGGCUAUGCGGUGGGAGCAGCUGCUUCUGGAUGAUGCGUUCACGGGGGGCGCUCUGGCCUGGGUGCCCGGCAAGACGCCCCAGGUUGGACAGUUGGUCUACCCAGCGGGAGGUGCUCUAGACAAGCUCUAUUUCCAAGAGGUCAAUCUGACCCCAGAUGGUGACCCUCAGGCUCUUGGGGACCCUGGCCACAUCCAGCUUCGAGGACCUGUCCGGCAGGUGGUGACCCGCACUGUGCAAGGGGAAUCCCUGCUGGCUGUCCGCUCUGACUACCACUGUGCCCUGUGGAAGGUCAGUAAGCAGGGACACCCCGCCCCUCUCCAGGUGCUGCAGGUCGGGAAGGGGGCCUCAGGGAUCAGCCUCAGCCCUCACCUGCCUGGGGAGCUGGCUGUCUGCAGCCGUUCUGGAGCCGUCUGUCUGUGGACUCCCCAGGAUGGGCUGCAGCAAGUCUACAAGGACCCUGAGACCCUUGUGUUCUGGGACCCCUCUCCCUGGCGUUGGGCAGACUUCACUGCUCAUCCCCGGGUGCUGACUGUGGGUGACCGCACGGGAGUGAAAAUGAUUGACACUAAGGGCCCACCCGGAUGUGGCCUGCUGCUAUUCCGUGGGGGAGCAGAAGCAUCAUGCCAGAAAGGGGAACGUGUCCUGCUGACCCAGUACCUGGGGAAGUGCGGCCCUGAGCCUCUGCUUCCCACGGUCCAUCUCAUCUGUACCCAGUUCUCGCUCUACCUGGUGGACGAGCGCCUCCCCCUGGUGCCCAUGCUGAAGUGGGACCACGGCCUCCCCUCUGCUCCUCUGUGGGCCCAGCUGCAGCCGCCACCGCGCCCCGGGCACCCACAGCCACUGCUCCUGGGGGGCCAGGGCGGGCACCUGCAGCUGCUGCACCUCGCAGGAGAGGGGGCGUCUGUACCCCGGCUGGCGGGGCCCCCCCAGUCUCUCCCUUCCAGUAGCGACUCCCUCUCCGCAUUCCCCCUGCUGGAGCCCAGGAGUCAGUGGCGGCUGCAGGAGCGUCUGAAAGCACCAACCAUAGGCCUGGCUGCCACCAUCCCGUCCUCGGCUUCCGAGCCAGUCCUGUCACUCUUCCAACUCUCUGCGGCUGGGGAUGUUUUCUACCAGCGCCUCCGCCUCCAGGCAGAACCCAGGCAUCACUCCCGUGCACCCACAGCUUCCUGGACUCCCCAAGCCACUGCCUGCUGCAGCCGGUGGCUAAAGACCCUGCUGGAGGUACCCCCGACUCCGCCUGUGUGGGCAGCACCCACCUUUUCCAACCGCUGUCUGCUCACCCAGGUGGAACCAAGCAAGGUGGAGCAGAAAGUGCCGGAGGGUCUCCGAGCAGCCAUGGCUGAAGGACGGUUGCUACAGCAGAGGGACUUGGGCUCACUCCCCUCUGCGGAGCCGCCCCCCGCCCCUGAGCCAGGCCCUGAGAAUGAGCUUAGUGCACGUUUGGAGGCAGCCUGGGAAGGCCAGGUGGCUGCCUGGUGGGAGAAGCAGCAGGGCAGGAGCUCCGGGCCCAGAAAACCACCUAAGCGGCACAAGCGCCGGACUCAGCUGUCCAAUACUUUCUCCUCACUCAGUGGCCGCCUGGACCUCUCAGAUGCCACCAGCCCCCCUCACAGCCCAGACCGGACUUCAUCUGAGGCCAGGCCACAACCCCUGGUGACCCCACCCUCCCAGGAGUUGACUCAGGAGCUGUGGGCUCAGGGUGUCCCCUCAGAGCGGCAGCAGACCCUCCGGGACUAUAUGGCCAAGCUGCCAGUCCAAGGGGAUGCCCCAGGAGAGGUCUCCUCAUCCCUCUCCCAGACUGCCACGCCCUCCUGGCAGCAGACCCUCCAGGGUGGUGCGACCCAGCUGCCACCACGAAGGAACCCCCCGAGAGGUGCGGCUCUCCCGUCUUCCCAGACCUCCAGCUUCCAGGCCACCCCCUCCAGGCAACAGACACCCGUCCUCUCCGGCUCUCAACGACACCGGAAGAAGCCCCGCAUGGGCUUCUGAGAGCCCAGGGGAGCUGCUCCCCCACCUUCGGAGAGCCCUUCGUCCUGGACCGGUGGUGCCUUGCACAGCUAGAAGCUGGGAGGUGCAGAGAACAUGCUGCAGGCCUUUCUGCUUCUGGAGUCGGGGGGACAACAGAAUGGUGGUUUCUCCUGUUUAUGCUUUUGCUAGAAAAUCAUUCCAAAAGGCAUGUUGAAAGGCCCUGGUGACCCUGUCCUGAAAGUCAGUGUCUUUGGGAUUCCCUCCAAGAGGCAGUGUUAUGCUUCAAAGCAGGGGCACCAGUCAAGCCGCUGCAGGGGAGCGGGGGCCUCCUGAGUCCCCCGUUGGUGUUGGGGUGACGGCGCCACCUCCUCACCUGGAGUCUGCAGCUGCUGCUGCUGCUUAGUUUUUAUUCAGCAGUUUCUACCAGGAUCUGAUGUUUUGUAGAGGGAAGCACUCUGGACCCACAUUUAGGGAUUGAAUAAAGCUGGCAGCUGAGCAUGGUU